CCAAGUUCGCAUCUUUUUCUGCCAUGCAAACCUUGUCAUAAAAUUAUAAUCACCUCUAACUUUCAAUUCGUUCAUCCUCUCCGGCAAUGUCUAGCAGAAGAUCUCGUUCCCAGCAAGGCAGUUCGUCAAUCAAUGACGCCCAGAUGGCCGAUCUCAUUUCAAAGUUACAACGACUUAUUCCCCUUGACGUUAAUCACACCACUACUUCCAAGGUUUCAGCUUCAAAGGUACUCCAGGAGACAUGCAAUUACAUUAGAAGAUUGCACAAAGAAGUCGAUGAUUUGAGUGAGAGAUUAUCAGAGCUUUUGGAAUCAACAGAUACCAACAGUGCUCAAGCCGCUAUCAUCAGGAGCUUAAUUAUGUGACUAUAUAUUGAGUAUAUCCGGUUUAAUAUUAGUUUUUAAUCUCAUGUAUAAGUUAAGGAGUUUUAUCAAUUAAUACGCAUGCUUUUCUUCGCACAUUAUAUUAAUUCGAGGCUAUCUGGUAACAACCUUCUAUUACUUCUUUAUGUUCGGACAGCUACCAUGUAACUUCUAUAAUUUCCUUUAAUCAACAUUUACUACUUCUAACUUC